CAAAGUGCGAUUAUAAACAAUCCCAAUGCGACACAAUCGGUAGAGAUGAUCGCUGAGAUAGUAAGAAAUUGUCUUAGCAGCGUUAGCCAUCCCAAUCUGGAACAAUAUUAUUACGAUACAAAGAACAACAAACUAGCGGUCAGUUCUCGCAUCAGGGGAAACAAAAUGCUAGACAAGAGUGUGAAUCGGUUGAACGAAGCUAUUGUGUUGUACAACGAGAGUCUUUCGGACACGCAAGCAAAUUCGGAGGAACGGUCCCUAGCCUAUGCCAACCGAUCGAUAGUUUGCCUGCAGUUGCACCGGUACGAGGAGUGUUUGGCGAACAUCCGGUUAGCUCGCGAGUCCAACUAUCCGGCACGGUUGGCGGAAAAGCUGAGUCAGCGAGAAGCCGUAGCUAAGAAAGCGUUGGCGAAGGCCAUGAAGCAGGAUGCUAAACGGAUGGAAGAGGAUCCGAAGGAAGAACUACGGCUUAGCCAUCCGGGCCACGAGCACAUGCCACAUGUGGCCAACUGUCUGCAACUGCAACAGAACGAACAGUACGGGCGGCAUGUGGUCACCACUCGCCGGCUGAAGGUGGGCGAUGUGGUGAUGCUGGACACGCCGUUCGUGAAAACGCUGCAGGAAGAUUGCCGUUAUGUGCGGUGUGAUUUUUGUCACGCCGAGCGCCCAUUUACCCUGAUACCGUGUGAAGGGUGUACCUGUGUAAUGUACUGCUCGCAGGAAUGUUUGAGUAAGGCGUUCGACCAGUACCAUCGCUAUGAGUGCGGCGUCAUGCGAGUUGCGUACAGUGUUUGUGGAAGAUUUCCAGCGACUGCUUUACGCGCGACUGCCACUGCAAUCAGUAUCUUUGAUGGUGACCUAGUGGCAUUGCAAAACCAUCUGGAUGCGCUGGACGAGUCCCAGGUGAACGGAUUCACGAUGGACUGGAGGAUGGCCACACCGAAGGACGUGUACAGCACGAUGCACAUGCUGACAACCAAUCAAGAACGACGAGGUUUGGUCGAUCGUACGUACCAAAUCCUUGUUGCGAUUCUACUGCAUAAGGCUAUGGUGGAAAGGACUGAGUUGGGACCAAAGUGCAAAGCAAGCCCUAAAAUGGAUAAGCUUUUGUUCGAUCUGAUCCUGCGCCAUGCGCAAACCAUUCGAUGUAAUCAUCAAUUGUUAUCCUUUUACGAGGGUCAACCGGAGGAGAAAGGUUUCGAACAUAAACUAUAUGGUGCGGCUUGCUAUCCGUCGGUCAGCAUGUUGAACCAUUCCUGUGCCUCGAACGUACGGCGACUUAUUUUGCCCGACGGUCGCUGCGCUAUGAUCGUUAUCCGCCCGAUCGGCAAGGAUUGCCAACUGUUCGAUAGUUACGGGUAAGCUAAUUUAUUAUUUAUAAUUACAGGAAUGGUUACCAAAGUUCAUUGUAAAGUGGCAUACUUCCACCGUAUGGUUGCACGAUUCCACUAAUCAGUUGAAACAUAGUGCUAACUGCUUGAACCGCUAAUAUGCUUCGAACCCCAGUAUACGAGUACUUUUUUUUCGCAUGCUUUCAGAUUGCACCACCUCGUUGAAGAUCGGGUACUGAGACAAAGGGUUAUUCGAUUGCUGUUCAACUUUCAAUGUUCGUGUGAAGCAUGUACGCACAAUUAUCGUACAUUCAAGGAACUAUCAUUCCAAUAUGGAGGUGAUUUUACUUUGAUAAGUCAUAGUCAACAGGAAGGGAUUUACAAAACCUUAGCAACCCGUAACCGGAAGUUAGCAUUCAAGAUCAUGAGAGAACUGCAAACUGACUUAAACCGUAAGCAUAGCCGGUAUCCAUCCUAUGAUGUGUGCGGGAAGAUGCGUUGUUAUGAGCUCUCCUUAUGCCUGGUGUAUAAGUACGUGUCGGAAAAUUUCCUGUACUGUAGGAAAUGCACGGAUAUUUUGGAACUCCAGCACUUGCAUCCAGAAUCUUUGUCUUAGAGUACUUAGAUGAUCCUUCUGAAUGCUUUGUUGAGCUAUAUAACAUAAUUAACAGUAGAAAAGGGUUUGUUGCUUGAGCGAAUGAAUCUCUGUCGAACAUUUUGCCUUAGAAUGCUUAGAUGAUCCAGCUGAAUGAUUGGUUGAAGCAGAUACGUAUGAAUAU